AUGCAGAGGGACGUUCCCGAAUGCCUUGGCUGCUUCCCUUUGUUGCCUGAUGACGGACUUCAUGAGAGCCCCCAUGCUUACGAUGACACCUGCAUCCAUUGGAACUCAACCAGUCCUUGCCGCAGUGGGCUACCGUUCUAUAGCAUGCGCUCUGACUCCCUCGACACAUCACUUUGCCACAGCUUCUGCACCGCCAAGGGUCUUGACCUGUCUGGCAUUGUGCGCGACAAGGAGUGCCGUUGCGGAGCAUCUCGGCUGAACCGGGCCGUUUGGAUGGGCAAAGAGCCGCGGCCUGGGCUCUUACUGCCCAGCGAGGGCAUGACGGA